AUGAAGUGCUCAUCGCAUUCAGAAUCUGUAAAACCUGUGCGUGAUAAAAAGUGGGCGAUUAACAACAGAAGAAACUUCUUCAAGCAGUUCAAUAGGAAGAAGACAGUGAAGAAUAUCGCUAAUGGUGAAAAAUGGAAUGGGAUUUUUUGGGUGAGAGAACGUUUUCUUGGGAAAGGAGGUUUUGGGACAGUUUUCCUGGUGAAAAGAAAACAACCCAUUAAGGGAGGAGGCCCUGAGCUCACUGAUUUGCCUUUUGAAAUGGCAGUGAAAACUGCAAUCACAUCGGAGGCAUCCACUCUGAAGUAUGAGAAACAGAUGUUUUCAUGCUUUAAAGAGUGCCCGUACGUGAUUAAGUGUUAUGGAGACAUGGAGACAGAAAGGGGUGAGAGUGAAAAGAUUUAUAACUUGUUCUUGGAGUACUGCAGUGGCGGCAGUUUGUAUGAUCACAUAAAGAAGGGUUAUUUCAAGGGGUUACUUGAGGAGGAAGUAAGGUGUUUUACAAGGGAUAUUGUCAGAGGCUUACAUUAUCUCCACAGUAAUUUGAUUGUUCAUUGUGAUAUAAAGCCUGAUAACAUCUUGCUGGCCCCUGGAAGCGAUGGGAGGUUGAUUGCAAAGAUUGCCGAUUUUGGGUUGGCGAAGAACUUGGACUAUGAGGAUUGGGAAGAGAUUUCUCAUAAGGGGACUUAUAGGUAUAUGUCUCCAGAGAUGGUGAAGGAUAAAACAUUGGCAUGUCCUGCUGAUAUUUGGGCACUCGGGUGUGUUUUGAUUGAGAUGUUGAGUGGGAAACCAGGGUGGGAGUGUGUCACUAAAGAGGAACUUUUUGCAAUUAUCGGUUACACUUCAGAACUGCCUUUGUUUCCGAAGAAUAUAUCAGGUAAUGCCAAAGAUUUCUUGAGCAAGUGCUUAAUCAGGGAUUUCCAACAUAGAUGGACUGCUGAAGAGUUGUUGCGACAUCAUUUUCUCUCUGUUGACGCUUGA